AAGCACCUAGGCAUGCAGACUGCUUCUACAAACAUUUGUGAAAGAAUGGGUCACUCUCAGGAGCUCAGUGAAUUCAAGUAUGGUACUAUGAUAGGUUGCCACCUGUGCAAUAAGUCCAUCCAUGAAAUGUCCUUGCUACUAAAUAUUCCAUGGUCAAUUGUUAGUGCUGUUAUAACAAAGUGGAAGCAACUGGGAACAACAGUAAUUCAGACACGAAGUGGUAGGCCACAUAAAAUGACAGAGAUGGGUCAAUGCAUGCUAAAGCACACAGUGCACAGAAGUAGCCAACUGUCUGCAGAGUAUAUAGCUAAAGACCUCCAAACUUCUUGUGGCCUUCAGAUUAGCACAACAACAAAGAGCUUCAUGAAAUGGGUUUCCAUGGCCGAGCAACUGCAUCCAAGCCUUACAUCACCAAGUGCAAUGCAAAGCGUCGGAUGCAAUGGCUUAAAGCACGCCACCACUGGACUCUGGAGCAGAAUGCCUGCCUGACUGCAUUGUGCCAAGUGUAAGGUUU